AUGUCUGUACCAAAAGCGGUAACCCCCCCGGGCUACACUCGGGCUUACCAUGCGGCGCUGCAUAGGGAUUCCCUGCAGCACUUACCUUGUCCUUCGCUCCCGCGAUGUGUCCCCUGCAGCGUCCCCAGCCAUCUCCUCCAGCUGAUGCCGGCAUUCGGCUCCUGUGUUCCAGUCCCUGUGACGUCGGGUCGUACGGCCGCCGGCGGCGGCGGCGGGAAAUUUGAAAAUUUAAAAAUUUUAAAAAAAUUUCAUUUUUUUUCAAAACAAUUUUACAUAUGCUUUGUCCGGCGCCCUGCCUGCAUUUUUACCGUUCUUUCA